AUGAAAUUGCUCUAUUCCAUACUGAUAAGCCUGAUAGCAAUAACCCAUUGCUCACUGCAUGGGUUGACCAGUCAUUAUCGAGAAAACAUCCCACGGUUCAAACAUGUCGCAAAUGAGAGAAACGAGGUUUAUCUCGGCGAUGAGGUCAAACUUGAUUGCCAAAUUGCCGCAUCAAAGAUACCAGCGAAGGUUGAGUGGUAUCGGAACGAUAAAUUGAUGAAGGAGGAAAAGUUGAAUGUGCAGAGAAUUCGGAAGGAACACAAUCGCAUGUUGCUCACGAUAAGGCUUAUUGAUGUAUCGGACCAGGGUCUGUGGUCUUGCCGAGUGCACAAUGCUUAUGGUCAGAUCACCAGAAACUUCACUGUUGAAGUCAUCGAUUUUUGUGAUUAUUUCCUUAUUCCCGAAAUCCCACACAAUCGAAUCCCCAUGGAAUGUGUUUGCUUGUGGCGCUACAAUAAGGAGCCAAAACGUCCGGACAUUGAUUUCCGAGCAGCAACAGCAGAGAACUGUCAGAAGUAUGCGGAUCGAAUGAUUAAUCGUGCACGUCGACCUUUCGCAAAAAUGCCAUGUUUGGGAGAUCAUUGUGAAGAUUUCAAUUUAGCGCCGGUUCUUGAUUUUGAGUUGGAGAAUACCACUGUGAAGCAUGUUGUGUUAAAGCCAGACAGACGAAGCAAGACAAUGCCAUCAUCGCAAGAAGCGUCCGAAGAAUCUUCUGAAAAUUUAAAUCCAUUGAAACUGUUCGAUUGGCUCACUGAGCAUCGCGUCUAUGACGUGAGCCACUUGCUGCCAAAACUUCUGCCGCCUGCGGAAAUGCGUAGAGUGAAGAGCCAGUUGGUCGGAUGGGAGAAGAUGAAUAAUGUGCAGAAAAUUGCUAGAGCAAGGCAGAUUUUGAGAUUAAGACAGCUAAAUCAAAAGAAGACGAAGGAGACAAUUUUUAUCGAUGCACAAAAAGAAGAAGAGGAAGAAGAAGAAGACGAAUACCACGUCAGCCAACCAGUGUCUCCUGAUGCAGAGCUCAAAGAGCUCAAUGUCACUGUCGAUGAGCCACCAUAUUUUGACUCGCACGACAAUGUUGUUUUGUUCAAUGAGACACAGGCCCUUCCGUCUGGACGAACUCUGAAACUCAAUUGCAGAGCUAAAGGACAUCCUGAACCAGAGAUCUUUUGGUUCAAAAAUGGUGUUCAAAUUGACAAAACCAGCGCCAGAGCCGGCGGUUAUGAAUACAAGUUCAAACGAUGGUCUAUGGAAGUGGAAGAUGCGAUGGUCGCAGAUUCUGGAGAUUAUCAUUGUGAAGCGCAUAAUUUUGUGGGGAUGACAAGGAAAUUUUUCCAUGUGUUGAUUGUGAAUCGGAUGAGACGUCCGCCGAUCAUUGUUCCAAAUAUUUUAGAAAAUGCGCAUGUCAACGUCAAUGACACCGCCACAUUCAACUGCAAGGUUGUCUCCGACCUCCAUCCCCAUAUCAUGUGGGUCCGUGUAAACAAAAUCAACGGAUCCUUCAGCUACUACAACAAUUCCGCAGAAGAAUUCCUCUUCAAUUACACCGAGAUGGAAACUGUAGAAAAAGCACAUGUUCAUCAUAUUGGCGAUGAAUCAACUUUGACUAUUACAAACGUUUCUAUCGAGGACCAAGGAACGUAUGCGUGCUUGAGUGGAAAUUCGUUGGGAAUGAGUAUGGCAAACGCGACGUUGACUGUAAAUGAAUUCAAAGCAAUUCACUUGUUAACUGGAGACGAACCGAGAGUCAGCAGAUGGACAGCGUUAGAUAUCAUCUUUAUCACAUUGCUAUCACUACUGGCAGUUUGUGCGGCGUCGUUUGUGUUUCUUCUACUGUUUUGCAAGGAGACUCUUCAAGAAAAGGGAUUUUUUGAAGACACUGUUGGUCUAGUGGCAAGGAAAAAACGAGUGGUGAUUAGCAAACGAACAGAGGGAGAUGAGAAUGGUGGUCCCACACAAUACUCGAUUCAAAUUAUUGAGACACCAAUGACAAAAAAAGAAGCAGCAAAACGGAAAAAGAGGUCGAACUCGGAAAGUGCACUUCUUUCGGAUUAUGAAGUUGAUUGUGAUCCAACGUUCGAAAUAGAGAGAUCCAACUUAACCCUGGACAGUAUGCUUGGAGAAGGCGCGUUCGGAGAAGUUUGGAAAGCAAAGCUGAAGCGUGAUGGCACUGAACUCGAUGUUGCCGUGAAAAAGCUCAAAAUCUCGGCACACGAAAAAGAGCUGAUUGAUUUGGUUAGCGAGAUGGAGACGUUCAAAAUAAUCGGACAACACGAAAACGUUCUCCGACUUAUUGGAUGCAGUACUGGUCAGGGACCACUGUACGUAGUUGUUGAAUUGUGCAAACAUGGAAACCUUCGCGACUUUCUGAGAGCACAUCGUCCGAAGGAGGACAAAGUGAAAAAGUCGAGCCAGGAGCUGGCAGAUUAUUUGGAGCCAAGGAAAAAUGAAAUCGCUGAUGUUCUUGAUCUUCACGGAAAACAUAAUUUGUUCAGGAGCUCAUCCCAAACCUCACACAACGUCAUCUUGUGCAAUUUGCGUGGCAGUGGCGACCGGCAUGAACUUCUUGGCCGAAAAGAAGAUUAUUCAUCGAGAUUUGGCGGCGAGAAACGUGCUCGUCAGCGAGGGUCAUAUCAUGAAGAUUUCGGAUUUUGGACUGUCGAGAGAUGUGAACACUGGGAAUUAUUACAAGUUUGUUGUGUAAGCAAGAAACGAGUAAAAAAACGUGGUACCGGAAGAUUGCCAAUCAAAUGGAUGGCUGUGGAAUCAUUAGAUUCUAAUGUUUACACAAUUGAAAGCGAUGUCUGGUCUUACGGAGUUCUCCUAUGGGAAAUCAUGACACUCGGAGGAACUCCGUAUCCCACAAUCGCGAUGCACAAUCUUUAUGAAUACCUUCAAAAUGGAUACAGAAUGGAAUCACCCCAUCUAUGCCCCCAGGAAGUGUAUCAACUGAUGCAAGCGUGUUGGCAGACCAAGCUUGAAGAUCGACCAUCGUUUAAAAUGAUUGUGGACUAUCUAGAUUGGAUGUUAACAAUGACCAAUGAGACUAUUACUGCGUCACAGGAGUUUAAUGAGCAAUUUUUUUCGGAUAGAUCGACUGGAUCGGGACCAACAUCUCCGAUGGAUAUUUUCAAGAAGAAUAGAAGACAUCGACCAUUAUCAGCUCCUGUGAACCUUCCAUCUGUCAUACAAACCAGACCUUCUCAAAUUUUAGUGCUCAUCGCCAACGCGCCAAACGGAAACGGGUAUGUUCGCCAAGAUAGACUUGUCCGUACCAUCAGCGGUGUCGCCAACCAAUCACUCGAUUCGGCACUCGGUUCUCCAGCGUGGCCGCCUUACCUCGAACGUUCCUCUAACAAAGCUUCUCUAGAUCCAACCCACCAUUAUUAUAACACCAACACCUCAAAAGUUCAAUACCUCCACUUCACUUUCGACGAAAAAGAUUCGAUGACCAGAUCUAGAGACUCAGCCAUAUUUGAGGAUGCAUACCACCUUAUCCAAUCGCACCCGCUCUAUUCAAAAAUCACAUUUAAAAAGAACACGACGCCUCGCAACUCUUUGCCGACAAAAGAAACCAUUGUCUAA